UUGUCAGUAUCUGAUACUUUCUUUUUUGUUUCCUUUAAUUGUAGUUGUCCCUUAGUUGUUUCCUUUGGAAACACUUUCAUGAUCAUGAUCCUUGUUUGCUGUGGGAGUGUGUGAGGUGGGACAGGAAAACAAUGACAUUUGAUUAGAGCAGGCCAGGCCAUUUCCAUGAAUCCAUUGCCACAAAUCAGACGAACAAAUUUUAGUUUUCUUGAAUUCCAAUAUAAUUUUUUUAACAGAACUAAAUUGCCAAGCAGGGACAAUCGAAGACAAAUUAUGCAGCAACGUCGUCAGCGUCCUGCCACGGAUGCCUCACAGGCAGCAACUGUUGCGCUGCCCAAGGACAACAGCAACCAGGAGCAAGAGGCGACGUCGCCGCUCGACCAGAUCGAUAGCAGCAGCAGCAACAACAACACCAAUGCCAGCAACAGCACCAGCAGCAACAGCAAUAGCAGCAGCAGCAACAACAGUAGCAGCAGCAGCUGCAGCGGCGGCAGCAGCGACUGCGAAAAGCCAUCUGAGACGGCAACGAGAGAAUUUCUGGUCUCUCUUUUGGAAUGUCCCGUUUGCUUUGGCUAUAUGAUGCCACCGAUAAUGCAAUGCUCGCGAGGUCACCUCAUUUGCUCACAGUGCCGAAAUAAGCUAAGUGUCUGUCCCGUCUGUCGUGUUCCGAUGAGCAACAUACGAAAUUUGGCGAUGGAGAAGGUGGGCUCAAAGUUGAUAUUUCCCUGUAAGCACGCCUGCUAUGGUUGUCGAGCGCGUCUCUCGUAUUCUGAUAAGAAAUCACACGAGGAAGACUGCGAGUUUCGUCCAUAUUUCUGCCCCUAUCCGGAUGAGAAGUGCGUUUGGCAAGGUGCCCUGAAGGAUGUGUACAAGCAUUUUGUUAGUACGCAUCAGAAUGUGAUCACAAUGGAAGGCACCGACAUCAUUUUUCUGGCUACCAAUGUCAAUCAGGUGGGCGCACUCGAUUGGACGAUGAUACAGUCGUGUCACGGCCGCCAUUUUCUGCUGUCGCUAGAGAAGGUGCAAUUGGGCGAGGGCUGCCAGCAAUAUUUCGCCGCCUGUCGCAUGAUCGGCACAAUGCGCGAUGCGGCCGACUUUGACUAUCUGAUUUCGUUGGAGGCCAACAAUCGCACUCUCAAAUGGAAGUCCAAGCCACGCUCUAUACGCGAAAGUUUCGUAACCUACACAAAUGCCGAUUUUCUGGUACUCAACAAAUCAACGGUGGAACUGUUUUCUGAGGAUGGAAAUUUGGCGUUAAACAUCAUAAUCAAAAAGGCAAACAACAACGACUAGAAUAUAGAACAACUCUGUAUAUA